AUGGACAAGUACGUGUUUCAGUCUAAACCGAAAGCUAAACCGGAGGCCAUCAUUGCGGGCCCCAAGUAUCGCUUCACUGUUCUGACCGAUCGUCUGCUGCGUUUCGAGUGGUCCGAAGAUUUUCAGUUCGAAGACCGAGCUUCCACGUUUGCGAUCAAUCGCGACUUUCCGGUCCCGGAAUUUAGGGUCAUUGAUAAUGAUGGCCUCGAAAUCAUCACAGACCAUUUCCACUUGAGCUAUGACAAGAAGAAAUUCAGUCCCAACGGCAUGGUCGCUCACCUCAGUGCCAAAACAACUAAGUAUGGAACCGAAUGGCGGUUUGGGACACCAUCAACCCUCAACUUAGGAGGUACGGCGAGAACGCUGGAUCUUUGUGAUGGUCGAUGCGACAUGGGCGAUGGAAUUCUGUCGAAAGCUGGCUUCGCAACGAUCGAUGAUUCUAGGUCUAUGCUUUUCGAUGGACAUGGCUUUGUGGCCAGUCGGCCCGCCGGAGACCGAGUGGAUGGAUAUCUCUUCGCCUACGGUCACGACUAUAAAGCCGCAAUCAAAGCGUUUUAUGCCAUAUCUGGUAAGCAACCAGUCGUUCCAAGAUAUGCCCUGGGCAAUUGGUGGAGCCGAUACUACCCAUAUCGACAAGGCGAGUAUCUUCAGCUCAUGGACGAGUUUCGAGCCCGCGAUAUUCCCAUGUCGGUCGCGGUACUUGAUAUGGAUUGGCAUCUAGUAUCGGACGAGCGCGUGCCACACGCGGGCUGGACGGGCUAUACGUGGGAUAAGAAGCUCUUCCCCGACCCGGCACAGUUCGGUUGUGAGCUUCACGAUCGCAACCUCAAAGUAACCUUGAAUGACCAUCCCCACGACGGGAUUCAUUCGCACGAAGAUUCCUACGAAGAAAUGGCAGAAUUCCUAGGUCGCGAUCCAAGGACCAAAACUCCGAUCUUGUUUGACUCAACUGACCCGAAGUUCAUGGAGGCUUACCUGAACAUUCUUCACCGAAGCCUUGAAUCAAUAGUCUGCGACUUUUGGUGGAUUGAUUGGCAACAGGGGCCUUACUCCAAGAUUCCCGGGAUCGACCCUUUGUGGAUGCUGAACCAUUUCGACUAUCUUGAUCAUGCGCGGGAUGGCAAGGUCCCACUGAUCCUCUCCAGAUAUGCUGGCCCCGGUAGUCAUCGCUACCCCCUUGGUUUCUCGGGCGAUACGGUGGUGUCUUGGGCUUCACUUGAGUUCCAGCCAGAAUUCACAGCAACCGCGUCGAACAUUGGGUAUGGUUGGUGGAGCCACGAUAUCGGCGGCCACAUUCACGGUGGCCGCGAUGAUGAACUGGUCACCCGCUGGGUUCAGCUAGGAGUCUUUUCGCCGAUCAUGCGACUACAUUCCACGUCUUCUCGCUGGAUGUCUAAGGAGCCAUGGCUCUAUCGCGAUGAGUGUGGCGCGGUCAUGUCGCAUUUCUUACAGCUUCGGCAUAGGCUCGUGCCGUACCUCUACACGCGGAACGUGAUGGGCGCAGCCGAGGACGAGCCACUAGUGCAGCCGCUAUACUGGCAAUACGCUAGACAUGAAGAGGCCUAUUCUGUGCCCAACCAAUUCUUUUUUGGGUCCGAGUUAGUAGUUGCUCCGAUCGUGCAGCCCCGGGAGAAACGGACCAACCUGGCAUCGGUGAAAGCCUGGUUGCCGCCCCUCGGACGUUAUGUCGAUAUUUUCACUGGUACCGUGUAUGACGGGGAUCGCGGGUUGACGCUCUACCGACCCCUCGAGGGGUACCCAGUCCUAGCACAUGAAGGAUCAAUCAUCCCCCUAGACGCUGACCAUGCUCCCCGGAACGGCUGUCUCAACCCGGAUGCCUUCGAGGUUCUGAUCGUGGUAGGCCAAGAUGGCCAUGUGAGUGUGAUUGAAGACAGCCGGGAUGACGGAAGCCGGGAUAUCAACGAGGAUGCCGGAAAGCAACGAAUCUCCACGAUCGUUUACGCACAAGCGCGAGGAAAACUAGUCGCGAAUGUCACCGGUCGAUCGUGGGCGUUCCGCUUCCUCGCAUUUACUACUAAGCCGAAGGAGCUCAAGGUCCUGAUCAAUGGACACGACCGAACAAAGGAUUCGACUGCCACUGUCAUUCACUAUCCGAACUCUCCAGGUCUACUCGUGCAGUGUCCAGUUGUAUCUGCAGAGGAGUACUCUAUUAUUAUCGAUUUGGGUGCCAAUCCACAGCUCAGUGUAGUAGAUCACAGGGCUCAACUGGAGCGACUGAUCAUGAAUUACCAGAUUACAUUCCAGAUGAAAAACAAGCUAUGGGAUGUCGUGGAGCGGUUUAAGGACCGGCCUCUAAAUGUGACGAUCGGGAACUUGACCGCACUAGGGUAUGAUGAAGCCAUUGUAGGUCCAAUUGCCGAGUUGCUUUUAGCGGACAGCCGAUCGGUUAGAUUGUCGACAAAGUGAGAUUUGUCAGAGUUAGAUGUGGUAGAAGUAUUAGCAAUAGUACGAAGUAAAC